GCUCAGUAUCUGGACCACAAACAGCUGAAAACAUUAUCAGUAACCAGAUGAAGGAGAGCAGCUCAUACAGUUGUGUUAUAGAUGAGGAUAACAUGACGUCGACCACCAAAAGUGUGUUUGAGUGUUCCAUCAAAGGAACCAUUUCAGCAUUGGAGUGUCUAAGCGAGAAGGAGCCUGAGCUGCUGAAGUCUAGAGAUGAGAGUGGAGCCAGCCUGCUCCAUCAUGCCACGGCCAACGGUAACCUAGAGGUCAUCCGGCUCAUAGUGACCACAGUGGGCCCCGAGGAGUUAAAUGCUCAGGAUGACCAGGGCCAGACCCCUCUGCACUGGGCUGUGGAGAAGAAUCAGGAGGAGAGCUGCUCGUUGCUGCUGGAGUUAGGGGCUGAUCCCAACAUCCUUAGCAUGGCCCUCAUGUCCCCGCUGCACCUGGCCGUCAGCCGUGAGUGCAACAAUCUCGUACAGCUGCUGGUGUCGAGUGGCCGGGUGGAUGUGAAUUUGGAGGGAGAUCUGGGGAACACUCCAGUGAUGAUGGCGUGCUCCCACAAUAACUGCCAGGCUCUGCAUAUACUUUUCGAAUACGGUGCAAAGCUGUGCCAUCAGAACAAGCUGGGCCACUAUGCCAUCCAUACCGUGGCAUUUGCUGGUGCCAAAGAUGCCAUGGAGGUGAUUCUGCUAAAAGGUGAAGAGCUGGGUGUCUCCACCUCUGUACAUGUAAAUUAUCUGGAUAAGUCUAAAAGCAGUCCUCUUCACUUGGCUGUGCGAGGAGGAAACAUUGAAGUGAUUAAGCUCUGUAUCGCUAAAGGAGCAAAGGUGGACCAGCAACAGUGUGACAAAUCCACAGCUCUGCACUUUGCCUGCACCCAGGGAGCCAUUGAAGCGGUCAAAUUCAUGCUCCUGCCCUACAAACAAAUGGAAGAAAUAAUCAACAUCAGAGACGGAGCCAAUCAGACCCCACUGCACAGAGCCACGUUAUUUGAUCAUGUCGAACUGGCUGAAUAUCUCGUUUCAAAGGGAGCAGAUAUUGAUUGCAUUGACUAUAAGGGUCUGUCCCCAUUGCUGCUGGCGACCUCAUGUAGCGCCUGGAAAACAGUUUCAUUUUUAUUGUCAAAGGAUGCUGACUUUAGAUUAAAAGACAAAGCUGGACGAAACUUCCUCCAUCUGGUCGUCUUCCAACCAAAAGGGCUGAAAAAUCUUCCUGAACACGUCUUACAGAGUAAAGCGGUGACAGAGCUGUUGAGUGAUGAAGACUUUGAUGGCUGCACUCCAUUGCAUUAUGCCUGCAAACUGGGCAUCCAUGACUCCGUCAAAAACAUGCUGGGCUUAAAAAUCUGCCUCGGCCGCAAGUCCAAGGAGAAGAAAUCCGCUCUUCACUUCGCUGCAGAAUAUGGGCGUCUGAACACAUGUAUCAGGCUGCUGGAGACCAUUAGUGACUCAAGGCUGCUGAACGAGGGCGAUGAGAAUGGACUGACCCCUCUCCAUCUGGCCUCCAGGGGAGGACACGCUAAAGUGGUGGAACUGCUGCUCAGGAAGGGGGCGCUGUUUCAGAGUGAUUAUAAAGGCUGGUCGUGUUUACAUUAUGCCGCGGCUGAAGGAUACACUCAAACGAUGGUAAUCCUCCUGGCAGCCAAUGUCAAACUGCUGGACAACACAGAUGAGGAUGGGAACACGGCCCUGCACAUUGCAGCACGACAAGGUCACGUUGCAGCGGUGAAGCUGUUGCUGAACAGAGGAGCUCAGUUAAUUCUCAACAAAAACAAUUCUUCCUUUCUCCACGAGGCCGUGAGAAAUGGCAAGAAAGAUGUAGCUAAUGCUACUAUUGAGAAUGAUAGAUCCAGUGAGGCUUUAAGCUUGUUUAAAAAAGGCUCAAACGUUCGCUGCGUUGUUCUGGACUUAAUAGAGUUCCUCCCGGAGUCUACCAAGCAUCUUCUGGACCUCUGUAUGGUAGAAUCAGAGCAUGACCCCAACAACGUCAACUACAAUAUCACUUACAAUUUUAAGUGGCUUCAGGCUCCAGUACAUCUGAAGAAGCUUGAAAAGAUGGACAAAACACUAUAUAUUCAGCCUCUAGCAGCACUGAAUGCGAUGGUGCAGUACAACCGGCUCGAGCUCCUCACCCAUCCAGUGUGUCAGAAAUACUUAGAGAUGAAAUGGAGGGCAUAUGGCAGUAAAGUUCAUUUACUCAAUCUGGCUGUUUACCUGCUUGGCCUUCUGCCCCUGACGUAUCUCAUCAUCAGCCUCAAACCCACUUGGAGCGGCUCCGCUAAUAGCACAUCCUUCACCAUAGAGCCUGUAUCCUUCAGAACGCAAAACUACAUGGUCUCAGUCUGCAUGGUCAUGGUCCUUGUCAUGAACGUGUAUGCCAUUUGUAAAGAGGUGGUCCAGUUGGCUCAGCAGCGUUUUAGUUACUUCCUGGACUCCUCUAACCCGUCGGACUGGGCGACAGCAGUCUCCUCUCUGGUUUUUGUCGUCCCUAUGUUCUGCAGCACUGCGAGUACAUGGCAUUGGGAGGCUGGAGCAUUGGCCAUUCUGUUUGCCUGGAUCAACUUCCUACUGUAUUUCCAGAGAUUUGAACGAUUUGGUAUUUACGUGGUGAUGUUUGGGGAAAUUAUAAAAACACUGAUCAGCAUCAUCGUCCUCUUCGUCUUCCUCCUACUGGCAUUCAGUUUGUCCUUCCAUGCUCUGAUGCUUCAUCGAGUGGAGUUUAAUUCUAUCAGCCUGUCUCUGGCUCAGACGUUUGUGAUGACAGUGGGGGAACUGAACUAUCAGAAUUCUCUGCUGGAGGCGUAUGAGCAGAACCUGCUGGCCUUUCCUGAAAUCACCUAUGUCAUCUUUGUGCUCUUUGUUCUUCUCAUGCCCAUUCUCCUCAUGAACUUGAUGAUUGGUUUGGCUGUUGGAGAUAUCGCAGAGGUUCAGAGGAACGCCACGCUGAAGAGGAUCGCCAUGCAGAUUAAUCUUCAUACUAACCUGGAAGAGAAACUGCCGUAUUGGUUCAUGAAGAGAGUGGACAAACCCAGCAUUACCAUCUACCCCAACAGGAAGUGCGCACAGAUUUAUGGGAUGAUUGAGCAGUUCUGGAAUUUCGGAAGAGAACCUGAAGUUCGAGUUCGCCUGAACACAAACUCCCCCCACACCUGCCCACUGGAGAGAGAGAUAAUGAAGCAGAAAAACAAGUUGAAGGAGAUUUACUGUGUGCUGGAGAAACAGCACAGCCUGCUGAAGCUCAUCAUCCAAAAGAUGGAGAUAACCUCAGAGGCUGAUGACCACGACGGCCCUCAGGACUUCAGAGCCAUUUCCUCCGCUAUGCCAUCAUCCACUGCCCGAAGGUCCAGAUGGGUCCCACUGAUCCAUGCACUAGGGGUCAAGAAGUGAAACCAGAAACUGUAGUAGGCAUAUGAAAUUGUUUUAAAGUGAUAGUUCAGCCAAAAAUCUAAGUUACAUUUGUAGCCCUCUACUCCAAAUCAGCCAAGAAAGGGUGCCUGAUAUUAGCUUAUUUCAUCCACAAUAAUGCUCAUUUCUGUUGGCACACCUAUGAGAUUUCUACUAGUGUUCUGCACUUGAACAUUUUUGUCCAUCCUAGAUUAAACACAGAAGUUUGAAGCUUGUUAUUGACAUUAAAAGGGAAAUUCCAUGGAUUUCUUAGAAUUUGACAUUUGAACAAUAUAAACAAAGUCAUUCAGAGUGGUUUGGUCUGAAAUGUUCCAUUUUAGAGGAACAUAGCAAGGCAGAAUUGAUGACAGGCAGAAUUGAUCACAUUGAACAUAAAUAUUGUACCUGAUGCCUGAGACAUUGUUUUAUGAAGGUUCUGAGAUAAGACAUGACUAAAAUGUCACUUAAAAAAAAAAUACUAAUAGCAGAGGAAUAUGCAGCAGGUUGUAUGUGUCUGAUUUACAGUAACCCAUUGAAGCAUCUAGAACUUCCAGAAAGCCUAGAGUGAUGUAUUAUAAGAGUAUUUCUACAGUACUUAAAACAGAGUUUAAAUACAUUAAACGUGAUUCUAUUAAAUGAUAAUGAAAUAAAAGUUUUUUUGCUGAAUUAUCGCUUCACAUAUAACAAGACCAACAAAUUUGCAGUGGAAGAUUUUAUUUCAAUUUUAUAUAGAAUAAAUAUAUAAUCUAUGUAACUGGUUGCAGAGUUCUUCUUGAUAUUUAAAGAGGCAGUCUCAGCUGCUGUUUUUUCUAUGCUAAUGAUAUAUGUAAGCAUCGCUCAAGGAUUUUUAAAUAUGUCCAUGAUCUAUGAUAAACUCAUUUAGAUCAUGAUAAACUCUAUGAUAAACUCUAUGAUAAACUCAGUUAGAUCAUGAUAAACUCUAUGAUAAACUCAGUUAGUCCAUCUCAUUUAUUGUUUGUAGCUAGUUUAUUUUUUUAAACCUCCAUUUGAAGGUUAAGUAAAAAUACAUAGUCUGAGAUUUGCUUCUUUACUUCACUUUAUAAAUCACUGUGUACUGCAAUGUUUCCUAACUCUGGUCCUCGAGGCACUAGGCUCGGGCGUUUUGGGAGCAGAAAAUACCCUGAAGUGUGAAUGACAGUAUGUCUCCAGGACCAAUUUUGGGAAAAUUGUAUUAUUAUUAUUGAUCAUUUCAUGUAAGCAUUUGCAAUGUACCUCAAUAU